AUGGCGGCGACGUGCGGCGAAGUUGAUGGAGUAAAGGUUACAGUGAAAGAAGCUGAGGAUGGGCUGUCAAUGUGGAGCGAUGAGGUGACCACCCUGCAGUCUACAGUAGAGAGUAUGAAGGAGGAGCUGUCUGACCUGAAGGAUAAAUGUGAUGAAGGCAGGAAGCGGAGAGCUAACAUCCACAUCAUAGGGAUCCCAGAGGGCCUGGACUCGAGCUCCUCCACGGCCGUAUCCGUGCUACUACGUGAAGUGCUGGGUAUGGAUAAAGACGUUAUUGUCGACCGCUCACACAGGAGCCCUAUCCUGAGAAAGCCAGCUGGUAACCCGCACGCCGUCAUAGCCGAGCGUCACUACUACCAGGAUUGUGUGGCUACGCCAUUGAGGAGCUGUGAUUUGUCAAAGAUCAGCUGUGAUUAUCUGGCAGCAGCACUGAAGUCCAACCCCUCCCAUCUGAGAGAGCUGGACCUGAGUUACAACAACAACCUGCAGGAUCCAGGAGUGAAGCAUCUGUGUGGUUUCCUGGAGAGUCCAGGAUGUAAACUUGAAACUCUGAGAUUGGGGGGCUGUGGUUUGUCAGAGAUCAGCUGUGAUUAUCUGGCAGCAGCACUGAAGUCCAACCCCUCCCAUCUGAGAGAGCUGGACCUGAGCUCCAACAGCAACCUGCAGGAUCCAGGAGUGAAGCAUCUGUGUGGUUUCCUGGAGAGUCCAGGAUGUAAACUUGAAACUCUGAGAUUGAAGGGCUGUGGUUUGUCAGAGAUCAGCUGUUAUUAUCUGGCAGCAGCACUGAAGUCCAACCCCUCCCAUCUGAGACAGCUGGACCUGAGCUCCGACAACAAGCUGAAGGAUCCAGGAGUGAAGCAUCUGUGUGGUUUCCUGGAGAGUCCAGGAUGUAAACUUGAAACUCUGGGCUGUGGUUUGUCAGAGAUCAGCUGUGAUUAUCUGGCAGCAGCACUGAAGUCCAACCCCUCCCAUCUGAGAGUGCUGGAGUUGAGCUGGAACAACCUGAAGGAUCCAGAUGUGAAGCAGCUGUCUGAUCUUCAGCAGAGUCCAGACUACAGACUGGAGACUCUGAGGUGGAGAAACACAGUCUCAUUUUCUUUGAUCAGUGUGAACCUGGAGUCACAGCCAUGAAUAAAGCCUCGUCGUAACGAUAGAGCAGACGACGC